GUUACACUAGUUACACUGAAGUGUUUGUAGUGUCUUCGACGAGUGCCUAGAGGAGUUACGAUGCUAAUUUGUGCAUAAUGGAAAUUAACGUAAUUACACCAGUUUGCAGAAGUGCAUAAACAAUGGCCGGACGAUCGCGACGCGCUAACAAAAGACUCAGUACGGAGCAGUUGUAUGAUAUGGAAAAUCCAAACAAUUGGACCGUGGGUGUUCUACGACAAAAACUGCAAGACAUGGGUAUUUGGACACCUUCAUCCAUGUCUAAAGCAAAUCUCAAAAUAUUGUUCAUCGAAAAUUCUAAACAAAGGGAGGACUCGCAGUCGUCAAACGCAUCGGUUUCGACAAAUAAUCGGCCAAGUGGUAAUGUACCGGUUGCACGAACAGGAAUAACACAACCUGAUACGAACAAUGUUACACAACCAGAUACGAACAAUGUUGGGGCAAAUGACGAUAAUUCUAGAUCUGUGUACGAAAAUUCUAGAGACUAUACUGUAACUCGGGCGGAAGUGCGUGUAGCAGAUGGUAGUGACAGCGUUGCGCGCGCAUCCAAUAUGGCGGCGCCCAUUACAAAUUCACUUGAGCAACUACAGGCCACGGUAAACCUGUUACUGCAGCGAGAUUUGGAGCGUAAUACGACAAGCAAAGAUAAUGCAGACAACUCCAACAAGCUAGACGCGGCGAUGAACCUAUUACAGGGAAACAAUACGGCGACAGACCAACUGGGGAGACGAGAAAUCUUAACCACAGAUGACCCGUUUCAAGAAACUCGCCCCUGGUGCAGAUCAGUUUCCAUACAGAGUCCCACCUAUGGAGGAGGUGUUAUGGAGCUCGAAGCAGUAGUACAGUCUUUGUGGAGCAGUUCAGUGGCACAACGCACAAAGGCAGCAUAUGAAACAGGAUUUAGAACAUAUCUCAAUUUCCUGUUAAUGCAGGGAAUCGUUGCUGUUAUUUUACCACAGCAAGCCCCUCCAGUCACAGAACAACUACUAGUCUUGUUUGUUGCCUAUUGUUACCAGGUGUUAAAACUGAGUUAUACCACAAUUAAAUUAUACAUGUGUGGCAUCAAAUACAUGUGCAUGCAGUUCAGUAACUGUCCAGAGUUUUUCAACAAAUCUCAAGUUUCCCCUCGACUUACAGUAGUCCUCAAUGGUGUUAAGAAAGCACAGGGAUGUACAACAAAAACAAGACUUCCUAUUACAGCUGACAUUCUAGCACAGCUUUGUGCUAAAUGGAAACAAGGUUUUCUUGGAGAGUUCACCGAUCUUCUUAUGGAAACAGUAUGUACAGUAGCCUUUUUCGGAUUCCUUAGGUGCGGUGAAUUCACGUGUACACAGAAGUUUGAUCCCAGGGUAAAUUUAUGUUUAGGUGAUGUGUGUAUUAAGGAUGAUCAUAUUGAAGUGCACUUGAAAUCGUCAAAAACAGACCCUUUCCGUAAAGGGGUAAAUGUGUGUUUAUUCAAAACAAAGAAAAGUAUAUGUCCAUUUGACAGUAUAUCUAGGUACCUCAGUGUGCGAAAUGUUUCAACUGCUCAUCCACGUGAUCAACCAUUUUUUGUUACCAACAAGCUUAAGGACAAUGCAGCUUUAACACGAACUAUAUUUAUAGGUUAUUUGAAAGACACACUGACAGCUAUAGGGUUAGACCCUGAACUCUACAACGGACAUUCGUUCCGCAUCGGGGCAGCCACAUCAGCAGCCUCUAGUAAUGUACAGGACCACUUAAUUAAGACUUUAGGACGUUGGUCGAGUGAUACAUACUGUAGAUACAUUCGUACCCCUAGACACACCUUAAAAAAUGCACAACAUGCCAUGGCCAAGACUAUACAUUGAUUGCUGUAUCUCAACAAUACAGUCCAGUGAAGUUAUGAUAGCAAACAGGCGUUACAUAAUUUGUUUUAGUGGUGACCGCAGUUGCCAUCCCUUAGUAUUAGUUAGUGGUGACCGCAGUUGCCAGCCCUUAUGAUAUAGUUAGUGGUGACCGCAGUUGCCAGUUUUCGUUUAAUUUGAUUUAGUUGUUGUUAUAAUGCAUAGGGUGACCGCAGUUGCCAGUCCUUAUUUAUAGUGGUGACCGCAGUUGCCAUUCUUUGUUUAUAGGGUGACCGCAGUUGCCAGUCCUUGUUCAUAUUUUGAUAGUGACCGCAUGCGCAGUUGCCAGUUCUUGAUAUAGUGGUGACCGCAGUUGCCGGUCCUUGUUCAUAUUUUAGUGGUGACCGCAGUUGCCAGUCCUUGUUUAUAGUGGUGACCGCAGUUGCCAGUCCUUGA